CGCGCAGGGGCUGCGAGCGCGCUCGAAUAGCGGCCCUAUUAGAAAUAGCUCUUUAUUGUAAUAACAUCAGGCUUGCCCGUGUAGUGUGACAGACUCAGAGAUUUUCCGCUCUCAGUGUCCAGUCGCUUAUUGUCUAUUUCUAUUGAUAUUGGUCGGACGGUGCGGAGCUGUGUUCAUUCAUCUAAAGAUUUCGCCUGUGUCCCUUUAGACCUCAGAUUCCCACAUUCAAGGGACACGUCCCUCCUGACAGCGGGGCAGAGACUGUGCUCAUCAUGUCUGAUAAACCAAACAACUUCCCGCCUCUUCCCCGAUUCAUACCUCUCAAGCCAUGUUUCUACCAGGAUUUUGACACUGACAUCCCGGAUGUGCACCGGACCACAGCUAAACGUCUCUACUACCUGUGGAUGUUGAAUAGCAUCACUCUGGGGGUGAAUCUGAUUGGUUGCCUGGCCUGGUUGAUUGGAGGAGGCGGCGCCACAAAUUUUGGCCUGGCAUUUCUGUGGCUCAUCCUUUUUACUCCCUGCUCCUAUGUGUGCUGGUUCAGACCUAUUUACAAAGCUUUUAAGACAGACAGCUCAUUUAAUUUUAUGGCAUUCUUCUUCACAUUCACUGGUCAGCUGGUGAUCAGUAUAAUCCAAGCUGUUGGCAUCCCAGGGUGGGGUGUAUGUGGCUGGAUUGCUUCAAUCAGUUUCUUUGGUACAAAUGUUGGAUCUGCAGUGGUAAUGCUGAUCCCAACUAUCAUGUUCACCGCUGUGGCUGUCCUCUCCUUUGUGGCACUGACUAAGGUUCAUAGGUUUUACCGGGGUGCAGGAGGCAGUAUGAGCAAGGCUCAAGAGGAAUGGACAACAGGCGCUUGGAAAAAUCCUCACGUUCAGCAGGCAGCUCAGAAUGCCGCCUUUGGGGCAGCACAAGGUGCCAUGACACAGAAUGAGCCUCAGUAUUCAGCAACACCAAAUUAUGGCUACUCUAACCAAAUGUAAGGCUGUUUAAGAAACAGCCAACUUACAUUCCUUGGGGCAGAAGGUUCAUUCCUACCCCCUGUGCCCUAGUAGCUAAGAUGUCUUUUCAGUCCUCCUGUUUACCUUUUAAUAUGGUGCGUAAGUAAUUGUGGUUGUAUGUGUGUGUCCCUGAGAGAAUGUGCCCCUGCCUACAACAGAAAUACCUACAGGUAAUAAUACUGUUCAGUUGCUAAUUGUAGAAUUGGAAUGAUUUAAGUCAAAAACAUUAAAUUUUAGGGGGCACUAUAGCUUAAAGUAUUCCUGCUGAAUUGUGCUUAGUACAAGGGAAUAUGAAUGCUGCAAACUUUAUCACUAUACAAGCUACUAGAAAACUUGAGUUGUCUCUGUGUGGCGUAUUCCAUCACACCACUUGCUUGAGCUGUUAGGUCAUGCCCCUUUAGGAAAUGUAAGAGAAUAUAAGGGACAUGGAGUUGUAUAAAGACCUGAAACCAUUAAGGUUAGGCAAUCUAAGGCAGUAACCUCAUCAUAGAAGGUGAGUGGGGGAAAACAAAAGGAAAGGUAUUUCCAGUAAGCAGCUACAGAGGAAAAUAACAACUGAAGGUAUACAGGACUUUUUAAAUGUGAUAUCCUAAGCACAGAACAUUCAGUAUAUGUUGUACAGAGUGUACUAUUAAGUUGUUUCAGAAGUGGAAUAGUUAAGUUUAACCGGGCACUGAAUUUACAUUUUAAUCCUCUGCAACAAAUGAUGACAGGACUAUAAUGGUGCUUUUCCUCCAUACAUAUAACCUCUGUGGGCCUUUAUUUUUUGUGCAGACUUCCCAGCUUAUUUAUCAAACCAGUUUGUUAGUGUGUUUGCUGUUAUGCCAGUUCAAUCACUGAUUGUGCUGUUACAGUAGCCUUCAAUGGAUUAACAAUGUAGAUGAUAUGAUUUCAUGUGCUUUACAAUGACCCCACCGAUAUAGACUAUAUUAAUGAAUUUGUAAUGGAGUAUUUUCUACACUCCCUCAAAAAAGGAAACCUCAAAAUAGUUGGAGGUUUAAUGUCAUAUUAACCAUAUUAAAUUAAUUUCCUUUAAUAUCAGUAACAUGCUGCUGAAUUUAAAUUGCAUACGCGACAUACAAGAAGCAAAAAUCAUGACAAACCUUUAAUAUCUUAUUUCUGUACAUCUAAAUGAAUGUAUAUAUUUUGGGUUAUUAAGAGAAAUGUACAAUAGGCUACUAUAGGAAAUAUAUAUUAAUGAAAAGAAACAGCCCAAAAGUUAUUAUUCUUAUAGUGAUACAUAAAAGAGAACAUUGUAAACCUCAGAUGUGCAUGUUGGCAUAUACAAAGCUUUUGGUAUGUGCAAUUAUGUGCCGUAAAUAAGUCAUUUCUAGAGGGGGGCUUAUGGAUUCUCAGGACUACAUAGAAGUUAGUUUCUGACUUUUAGCUUUGGCUUUUUUUGUAAUUAGUCAACAUGUACUGAGGCACUAUAGUAAUGUGGAUUAUCCACCCUCUAUAGAAAGUAGUAGAGAAAGUAAUAUGGUGAUUUUACAUGUUAUGAUCUUUGUAAACUUCUCCAAAAAGCAAAAAAGUAAUGACAAAGUAAUAUGGAAGGUAGUGGGGAAAUAGUUACUAGUACAAUAUGUUUUCUGUGCAGUUUUCUCCAUUACUUUGACCAGAGACUAUUUCAGUAACUUUCCACUUUGUGUCUCAAUAAAUGCUACUCUUGUGGGUUGUCUGGUAUGGCAUGACUGUAUGGCUAGUCUAUCCACAACAGGAAGUAUUUUGACUGAAUGCAGCUGAACUGAUGAUUAUGGCAGCCAGGCUGGUCAUGGAAAUAGAUAGAAAACACUGACCAAAGGUUACAGCCACACAGGAAACAAUAGGAUUCAUUUGCUGAUGGUGAGAGUGGAUGCAAAGUGAGGAAAAACAGAUGCAAGCCACCAUGUUUCUGCAGUUGCACCACUGCCAGCAUCUGUGACCACAGGUCCUUGACAUCCAAAAUGGCUACAGUGCUGCCUACAUUCGGCUUGCUGUAUACAUGAGGAGCAGGAUAGGGGAAGCACUUUCCCACCUGACACUGCCUCAUCUGGCUGUAGCCUAAAUGCAACUGUACAAGAGCAGUAAAGAGCCCAUAAAUACCAUCACACCAUAUAGUCCUGGCCUAAAUACAUACUUUUGUUCAUCUUACAUUAACAUUCAAAGCUUCUACUGCUAGGGAUUACCUAGAUGGAGAAUAGGUUUGUUGUUAUGAUACCUAGGAACCAAUAUCUUGUAAGUUUGUGUGUACAUUCUCUGUACUCAUUGACGGUGCAAAUUAUGUAAAAUGUAAUGUGAUUAAUUUGAAAAAUAAAGGUGUCAAUAGUA